GAUGGGAGGGGCCGGGACUUAAAGGGAGCAGACGAGCCGUCCCGCGGAGCACUUUCACUUUGAGUGAGGAGGGAGAGACAGAGAAGAGGAGGCCUGCGUCUCUCCCGCGUUGUCAGAGGCGAGGGGUCCCAGUCGGGCUGUUCAGGGGAGACCCGGGGUCAGUAGAGAAAGGGAGGAAGGGGUAUAGCAGUGCGGGAAAAACCAGCAAAAGCUCCGAUAGGAAAAGGCUCCGGCCACUCAGGCUUAAGUGGGAACAAUCCAAAGUGAGAGAGCAGAAUGGCGUGAGAGGAUAAAUGAGGCAUUUCUUUUCUUGGGGGGGGAGCUCAAAAGGAGGGAAUGUGUAAGGGCUGUCAACAAGGAGACUAAACACCAGGCUGUGGAGGAGAAGACGCAGCAGCGCACUCUGUGUCAAGGACCUCGAGGAGCCACAGCGCGGAACUCUGCCCUCCACAGACUGACACAGAAGAACUCUUCUGCAGGGUGAUCGCCACCAACGAGAGAAAUGGAGAAGUGUCCAUUCUUAGAAAGAUAAAAGGAUGUCACUGCCAGUUUUGCUGUUGCUAUCACUCCUGACUGUCCAAUGUGGUGGAUGUGACUUUGACCUGGAAGUUGUGAAAAACAUUAAAACGACCAUCGACUCUAAUCCGACUGGAUUUCGGGCAGUAUUUCCGAAAGAUUACUAUGUAGUGCACCACUACACGAAAAACAUGCUGUGUGACACUGAUCCGUGUUGUGUGUUCCCUGCUGCAGUCGUCCUCCUGGACUCCUGGCACGUGCUUCUCAGAAACCUCUGGGACGAGCAUUUAAAUCACUCCCUCAUUGUCGACCUAAAGCAGACACUGGAUAAAAUUAUUAAAAAAAACAAAAACACAGAGAGGUUCCAGGAGGAGACGGAUCUGGCCCAUUUCUCCACAUUAUCUUCCUCUCCUGAGGAACUCCUCAAGCUAACAUCCGAACUUUUCACUAAGUGGCUCGAUGUUGGAUGUUUGCCUUCGAUUGAGACCUGCACCCUGCCCACUUUGCCCCCCUCUGUUGAGAGAAAGGACUACGGCCCGUCGAGGGCCAGACUUUUGACCACUCGAGCGAUCAGCAGUGUGGAGGAUGGACAGCCUGACAAGAUGAUAGACAUUAUACAGCUCCCAUCCAGCAAUGGUCCUCCGUCCCUUUCAUAUUCCACUUCUGUCUGGAGCCCCUUACUAUUCAGACUCUACUGGUGGUUGCUGCCAUAGUUGCUAUAAAGGAUCUUUUUGAUGAUGCACACAAAAUGCAAAACAUUUCCUGGCACUGAAUGAUUGUUUCUUUUAUUUGUCUCUGUGUUUAAUGCAGGAAGCUUUGUUAAUAUUAAGUGACAUGCACAGGUUGCAUGUAUUGACCAAAGUAAGUUUGAAUUGCUACAUUCGCCGUCCAACAGUGCUUCUGUAACAGCUGAUAUCACAGAUAUAAAUGCAUAGCCAUCCUGUGUAGAGCAAGCCACAAACUCCAGCUCGCUGUGCUCUUCAUGCUAACAAGAUGUAAAUGCUGCACCGACCAAUGCACGUAAGCCUCGUCUAUUGAUGUGGAAUCCAUCAGUUUACAAUGAGUAUUAUGGAGAUGUGAGAUAUGACAGUUGGGUGUUUAAUUUUGUACAUAAGUGUAAAUUAAAGACAUUUAGAUAUA